AUGCAGGUGCCUAUUGGCAGCUGUGCCUUCUCUCUACUCUGUUUGAAAAGCACUCUCUCUUUCUCCCUUUCUCUUUCCCUUAAACUUUCAUUUUUCACUUUCACUCACACAACAUACAAGCCUACACUUUUUCCUUCUUCACUUAUUUCACUUUGUUUUUCUUUUUCAUUUUACAUUUAUGCUUCACUUACAUUUCAUUUUUUUCUAUUUUUCAAUUUUGACUUCACUUUUUGUUUUUUACCUUCUCUUUCUUUCCUUUCUCACAACACCAUAUCCUGUGGUCAUUACUUAUUCUUUUUUUAUUUCAUUUUCUUCUUUUCUGGUGCACUUCUCUUUUCCCUUAAUUUUCAAUUUUCACUUCCAUUUUUUGUUUUCUUUGUUUUUUCUUUUUUCUUUUUUAUAGCAGCAUGCCCCUCUUCCAUUACUUUACUUUUAUCUUAUAUUUUUUCUUCACUCUUUACUUUUUUUUCCACUUUUUCCUUCCUUCUUCGCAUUACUUUUUUCUUCCACAUUUUCUUUCUUCCUUUACAUUACUUUUCCUUUCAAUUUUUCCUUCCUCCUUUAUAUUACUUUUUUCUUUCACUUUUUCCUUCUUUUACAUUACAUUUUUCUUUCACUUUUUCCUUCUUCUUUUACAUUACUUUUUUCUUUCAUUUUUUCCUCCUUCUUUUACAUUACUUUUUUCUUUCAUUUUUUCCUUCUUCUUUUACAUUACAUUUUUCUUUCAUUUUUUCCUUCUUCUUUUACAUUACUUUUUUCUUUCAUUUUUUCCUUCUUCUUUUACAUUACAUUUUUCUUUCACUUUUUCCUUCUUCUUUUACAUUACAUUUUUCUUUCAUUUUUUCCUUCUUCUUUUACAUUACAUUUUUCUUUCACUUUUUCCUUCUUCUUUUACAUUACAUUUUUUUUUCAUUUUUUCCUUCUUUCCCGAUUGAUCUACUUCAAUUUGUUCAUUAUCUAUCUAUCUAUCUAUCUAUCUAUCUAUCUAUCUAUCUAUCUAUCUAUCUACUUCAGUUCAUUCAUUAUCUAUCUAUCUACUUCAGUUUGUUCAUUAUCUAUCUAUCUAUCUAUCUAUCUACUUCAGUUUGUUCACUAUCUACUUCAGUUUGUUCAUUGUCUAUCUAUCUACUUCAGAUUGUUCAUUAUCUAUCUAUCUAUCUAUCUAUCUAUCUAUCUAUCUAUCUACUUCAGUUUGUUCAUUAUCUAUCUAUCUAUCUACUUCAGUUUGUUCAUUAUCUAUCUAUCUAUCUAUCUAUCUAUCUAUCUAUCUAUCUAUCUAUCUAUCUAUCUACUUCAGUUUGUUCAUUAUCUAUCUAUCUAUCUACUUCAGUUUGUUCAUUAUCCAUCUAUCUAUCUACUUCAGUUUGUUCACUAUCUACUUCAGUUUGUUCAUUAUGUUUCUAUCUAUCUACUUCAGUUUGUUCAUUAUCCAUCUAUCUAUCUACUUCAGUUUGUUCAUUAUCCAUCUAUCUAUCUAUCUAUCUAUCUAUCUAUCUGUCUAUCUAUCUAUCUAUCUAUCUACUUCAGUUUGUUCACUAUCUACUUCAGUUUGUUCAUUGUCUAUCUAUCUACUUCAGAUUGUUCAUUAUCUAUCUAUCUAUCUAUCUAUCUAUCUAUCUAUCUAUCUAUCUAUCUACUUCAGUUUGUUCAUUAUCUAUCUAUCUAUCUACUUCAGAUUGUUCAUUAUCUAUCUAUCUAUCUAUCUAUCUAUCUAUCUAUCUACUUCAGUCUGUUCAUCAUCUAUCAUAA